UGUCAGUCCUUGCACAUGCGUAGUAAGUUACAAGACACUCCCAACUGCAACAAGGUACUCCCCCUCACCUACAAGAUGGCUAACAGAAUCACAGCUCCUGAGUUGGAGCAAUUCAUAGUCGCUACUGUUGAGUUGACUGGACGCGCACUAGGAGCAGGUGCUUAUGGCAGUGUGGAGGAGGUAGAGAUACCUGGAGCAACGGUAGCUGCCAAGAAACUGCACCAACAGCUUGUCAACCUGGGCUCUCCACAGCAGGUUGAGAAAUGGGUGAAUGAUUUCGUGGAGGAGUGUAAGCUGAUGAGCCAGCUCCGUCACCCUCACAUAGUACAGUUCCUGGGGGUGUGCUAUCUCCCUGGAGCCCAACUCCCCGUCCUACUGAUGGAGAAGCUACAAACCAGCCUCGACAACCUUCUGGAAACCAGCCCCAACAUUCCUAUUGACCUCAAAGUGCACCUUCUGACGGGGACUGGCCGAGGGGUGGUCUAUCUGCACAGCCGCACUCCACCCAUUGCCCAUCGUGAUCUGUCUGCCAAGAACAUUCUAGUUGAUAACGGUCUCAAUGCCAAGAUAGCAGACUUGGGUGUUUCUAGGAUUGUGAACAUUCAGCCUGGCCGGCUAGCUGCCUCGAUGACUCAAAUGCCAGGCACUGGUGUGUACAUGCCACCAGAGGCAGCUCAAGAGGAAGGGGUCACACGAUACAACACUGCCAUAGACAUCUUCUCCUUUGGUGUGGUAUCUCUCUUCACACUGACGCAAACCUUCCCUAAAGAUCUCAAACCUUCAACAUAUCGAGACCCUGCUUCUCGAAGGCUGGUUGCUCGCUCUGAAAUUGAACGCCGUGAACAUUACAUCAUUCCAAUGAAAGCAGCUCUUGGUGAGACCCACCCCCUAGUCCAGUUGACCCUCGCUUGCCUGGAGUAUGACCAAGAAGAUCGACCAUCUGCUGCGGUGGUGUUGAGAGGAUUGGAGGAAGUUGGAAAAACACUCCCUCAGAACUGCACCCAGACCAAGCUGGAACUGAUUCAACAGAAAGAAGAGAUACAGCAAGUUGCUGCUGAAAACCAAGCGAAAAUUAAUUGGCUUCAACAGCAAAUCUUUGAAAAACAUGCUCAAAUUGAUCAGUUUCAACACCAAAUGGCUGAAAGAGAUGCUCAAAACACUCAAUUACAAGCAUCUAUCGAUCGUCUUCAAGCUGAGAAACAAGAGCGAGUUUGUGGACUGGAAGAACUGACCACUCUCCAACAAAAGCAGUUGGAAGUUCAACGCAGAGAAAUUGAUCGUCUCUCCACUUCAGUGAGGUCUCUACAGAUACAGCCUCGGGAGGACACACCUCAGGGCUCAGGACAGAGAGAGGCAACCACAAACAAAACCACACAACCAAUCAAGAUUGUUGAUUCGAGCACUGGAAACGCAUUGCUACCACACAAGUCGACCACACCACAACCAACUGUUCCUACUGCCAUCACCUUCAACUGGACAACAUGCAAGAACAUACCAAGGACGAUGAAUGUGUACGAUCAACCUGUGACUAUCAACGGGAAAGUGUACAUGAGAGGCAUGAGUAACAGGACUGGGACUGUGCUAGUGUACACACCAGAUCAGGAUAGCUGGGAUGAGCUGCCACCUCCUCCAGUGAACCGCUUCACCAUAGCAACACUGAGAGGUCGACUGCUAGUGGUCGGAGGUCUGGACAAGUCUGCUAAAAAGAUUUCGAUUUCGAAUACCAUCCUAACAUUCGAUGAGAGCUCUCGACAAUGGGUCCGGUCACUUCCCCGCAUGCCAAAAGCAUUAACUUUUUCAGCAGUUGUUGAAUAUCAGAACCAUCUGAUCGUUAUCGGUGGAGUUGACUCAAACAACGCUAGAAUAGCUGACGUGAACAUUCUAAACACAAGUAACAAAUGGAUCACAGCCGAACCACUUCCCCGCACUGAUGACUACAGCACUUGCCUAAUUGGAGACACACUGUAUCUUGUAGGUCAACGCACUAAACAAGUGUUUCGAGCUCAUGUACCCUCCCUCAUAUCACGAGCCAGUUCUGGUGUGUGGGAAUCUGUCGCAAGUGUGCCAUUCUAUCGGUCGUCUCCCAUCGCCAUCGGCAACACCCUCCUGACUGUGGGGGGUAAGGAUGAUCCAGGAGUAUUUGGAGGUAACAAUACCUCAAGCAUCCAUCUGUACGAUCCCACUAAAGACCAGUGGACACAAUGUGGUGACCUUCCCGAGAAAAUAUACCUUUGUAAUUGCAUUGAACUAUCUGGCAAACUGUGUGUACUUGGUGGUAGCAGAGAUAUCACCACCACUAUCAGUUCUGUGUACACAUCAAUCCCAUCCAUUACACACUAGUAAUUAAUUUUAAUUGGAAUUCCAUGUUUAUUAUAUAAUUAUAAGCAUCCUUAUCGUACAAUUAUGUGUCAGUUGAUUGAAUAUUGUUUCUGA